GAUUCAGUACGUUGUGCGCGAUCGCGUUGAUCGUGACCAAUAUACAGAACUUGUCUGCAACAAAUUUUCUUGUAUCUUUCUUCCGUUUCAUAUUCAUAGACGUUCUCAUCUAGAACCGGGGCCGAGUUUAAUAGUCGCGCAGUGCGUGAAAACAACUAUACUAACACUGAUCGAAUAGCAAAUUCGUCUUUUUUUUCACCAUUUUUGUGCUAGUUAAUUGAAAGAAUGUGCUGCUAAAUUGUAAAAAAUAACCAAAAAUCAAAAAUAGAAAAAAAAUUGCAAAAAAAGGAUAAUACUAAUCAACGGGGAUAACCAAUUCGAAAAUCGAUCAAAUCAUGGCCAGUGUGUCAAUCUGGAGAUUACUUUGCAUAGCUUUGCUAUGUACUCUCACUAUUUCCACUCUUCAAGUGAACGCCGACACACCAACCGAAGCCGAAUGUAAGCCACACAUCGACAAAGCCUUGCAUACAUUAAAAGGGGACAGCAAAGAACCAGACAGUGCUGAGAUUGUCGUUGAUGUGGACGAUAGCAAUGAAAAUACGAGCAAAGAAGAUCUGACCGAUGCGGUUGUCACUGAAGACGACAAUAGUGAAGAGGCUAAAAGUGAUGUAAACGAUAAUACCGACGACGAUUCACAAGAAGAAUCAGCGAACGAAACCGAAACUGGCGUUGAGGACAAUUCAACGGAAACGGACGACGGUGAAGUUGAAACGAAUCAGGAUAAUGACUCCACAGAAAAUGAUACGGACAAUAGUAAGGAAAGUGAUAAUGAUGCAAAAGACACAGAAGGCGAUGACGACGAUGAUAACGACGAUGAUGAUAAGAAUGACUCAAAGGAAAAUGAUGAAGAUCAAGAUGAUCAAGAUGACUCAAAGGAACAGACUGAACAAACCAAAUCCGGGGAGCAAGCUGAUGACGAUGAUAAUCAAAGUGGCGAAGCUGAUGAUGAUGAUGGAAAAGGCGAUAGUGCUGAAGCUGCUGACGAUGAUAAUAACGACGAGGACAGCAAAGAACAAGCUGCUGACGAUGUUGACAGUGGGGAGAAGAACGACGACCAAGAUGGUGAUAGCAAAGAAAAAGAUGAUGACAAUGAUGAUGAUGACCAAAGCAAAGAAAAUGAAGCUGACUCAACCAAAACUGACGACUCAAAGGACGAUGAUAGCAAGGAAGCAGCAGGCGAUGAAGAUAGCAAAGAAAAGUCUGAUGAUACCGAUGAAGAUGGUGACAGUAAAGAGAAAGAUGGCGAUGACGACAAGGACGAUGAUGACAGCAAUGCUGACGAUGACGACGACAGCAGCGAGGCUUCAAUUAAAAAGCAUGAAGCUAGCGAAACUGAAAUCAGUCCUAAAUCGUAUCCCGUUGAUGAUUUACUGUUGGAAUCCGAAAUUCCAGAAAACCUUCGAGAUCGCAGCCACAUCGAUGAAAUUCUUCAAUUGAACGAUGAAGAUGUUGCUGAAAAUGAGGCGCUUGCCAAAGUGGCCGAAAAUACAUUGAAGGAUUUGAAGAAGAUUUACGAAAACGCCAUUAAACCAUUGGAAACUCUUUACAAAUAUCGUGACUUGAGUAAUCGUCAUUUCGGUGAUCCAGAAAUCUUCUCCAAACCGUUGGUUUUGUUGAUGGGGCCAUGGUCGGGUGGCAAAUCAACCAUCAUCAAUUAUUUGACUGGCAAUGAAUACACAGAUUUUUCACUCAAAACUGGUGCUGAACCAUCGUUGCCGUACUUCAAUAUCCUCAUGCAUGGUGAAUCCGAACAAGUUUUGGACGGAACUCAAUUGUCGGCUGAUUGGACAUUCUCCGGAUUGCAAAAGUUCGGUCAAGGCUUAACCGAUCGUUUGCGUGGCUUGAAAUUGCCAAGCAAACUUUUGGAAAAGGUUAACAUUGUGGAAAUUCCUGGUAUUUUGGAGGUGCGCAAACAUGUUUCGCGAAUUUUCCCUUUCAAUGACGCGUGCCAAUGGUUCAUAGACCGUGCUGAUAUCAUCUUCCUAACUUACGAUCCAUCGAAAUUGGACGUUGGACCCGAAACCGAAGCCAUUCUUGAUCAAUUGAAAGGCCGUGAAUAUCAAACCCGAAUCGUUUUGAAUAAGGCCGAUCAAGUGCAUCCCGAAGAAUUGCUUCGCGUUCAAAGUGCAUUGAUUUGGAAUAUUUCACCAUUGAUGUCAUCGCAACAACCGCCGGUUAUGUACACCGUUUCGUUGUGGUCGCAUCCAUUUGAAGAAAAUACUCCAAUUCGUUUGUUGCAAGCACAAGAAAAGGCUUUAUUGCAAGAUUUAUCACAAGCCAUUGAACAUCGUAUUGAGAAUAAAAUUGCAAGUGCCCGUCGUUUUGCGGUUCGUGUUCGUAAUCACGCUAAAAUGGUCGAUUGUUAUUUAACCACCUACUAUAAUCACAAGACAUUGUUCGGAAAUAAGAAAAAAAUCUCCGGUGAAAUUAUUGAACAUCCUCAAACCUAUCACAUCUAUGAAGGUCUUUCAACUCUAACCAAUAUUUCGCGAUACGAUUUACCCGAUCCAGAAGUGUACCGUGACUUCUUCAAAUUGAAUCCAUUGUACGAAUUUAAGAAGCUUUCUGAAACCUGCACCUAUUUCCGUGGCUGUCCAAUUAACAAGCUCGACGUUUCGAUCGCGUACGAUUUGCCCGAAUUGGUGAAUCGAUACAAACGUGCCGUAGCUCAAGCCUUAAACACACUAGAACUAAGCAAUGUUGCCAGCGAAUCAUCCCAAUCAUCGAAAGAAGAUAGAAGAUAAUUAUGUGUGUGUGUUUAUUCGAAUUGCUAGCCACAUUCGCUGUAUAAAAUCCGUAAAUUCAAACUUCUCCGAUUGGUAGAAUCAUAUUGUUUCUUUUGUUCGUUUGAAAAAUUCUUACCAAAAUCGAGAUUGUGUUAUGUGUUAAGAGGUUAGAAUCAGGAGAUAUUUAUUGUUUUUCGAAUCUAUACCAAAGAAGGCUUAUUAUUUCAUUCAUUGUACAUAUUAACAGAAAAAAAUGUAUAAAAAAAUAUCAAAUCACAGUAUGCUCUCUUUGAGCUCACAAAAUGAAUCUUUUGUUCUUGGUAAUUUCCAAAUGUAUAUUGCAUUGAAUGACAA